AUCGGGGCCUCCGCUUCCGGCGGCGGGAGCGGUGCAGAGUCAGCUGCGGGCGGGGGGCGCCACCGGCACCGGUACCAGCACCUGCCCCCUGCCCCCGCAGGAUCCGGCCUCGCCUGCGGACGGAGCCAGCGCCGCCGUCACCAUGGGCAACAUCUUCGGGAACCUGCUGAAGAGCCUCAUCGGCAAGAAGGAGAUGAGGAUCCUGAUGGUGGGGCUGGAUGCCGCCGGCAAGACAACCAUCCUCUACAAGCUGAAGCUGGGGGAGAUCGUCACCACCAUCCCCACCAUAGGGUUCAACGUGGAGACAGUGGAGUACAAGAACAUCAGCUUCACCGUGUGGGACGUGGGUGGGCAGGACAAGAUCAGACCCCUCUGGAGGCAUUACUUCCAAAACACCCAGGGGCUGAUCUUCGUGGUGGACAGCAACGACCGGGAGCGGGUGAACGAGGCCCGGGAGGAGCUGAUGAGGAUGCUGGCAGAGGAUGAGCUGAGGGACGCCGUCCUCCUCGUCUUUGCCAACAAGCAGGACCUGCCCAACGCCAUGAACGCCGCGGAGAUCACAGACAAGCUGGGGCUGCACUCCCUGCGCCACCGCAAUUGGUACAUCCAGGCCACCUGUGCCACCAGCGGGGAUGGGCUCUACGAGGGCCUCGACUGGCUCGCCAACCAGCUCAAGAACAAGAAGUGAGCUGGCACAGCCCUGGCCCUGCCCCCUGCCCCCCACCCCGCCU